AUGCAUGGCAUAGGCAGUGGUGCUUGCUGUGUCACAGCCUUGAUUGAAGGAGAAGAGAUGGCCAUUUCAAACUUGGGAGAUUGCAGGGCAGUUCUCUGUAGAAGUGGGGUGGCAGAAGCCCUUACAGUAGAUCACAGAGCAGGUCAGGACGACGAACGGAGUAGGAUAGAGAAUAUGGGAGGAUAUGUAGAGAUUCAUAGGGAGCUUGGAGAAAGCAUUGGAGAUGCUCAUUUGAAGGAUUGGGUACUGGCUGAGCCUGAUACUAAGAUCCUAAAUUUGACUCCAGACAUGGAAUAUCUUCUCCUAGCUUCUGAUGGGUUGUGGGAGGAGGUUGGAAAUCAAGAAGCUGUUGAUAUUGUAAUGGGGACAUGUUCAGUUGACAAAAAGCCAGAACCUACAGGAGACCCUGAGAAAGAGAAUGACAAUGAAUUUGGCUGCAUAAGAAGACAGGAAAUGAAGAUGAUUUUGGCAAUGAAAACGAAAGUCCUCCCUCCAACUAAGGCUCGAAGGGUUUCACUGGUAAGCCAGAUGAAGGUGCACCCUCAGUCUCCAAAUCAAGAGAACAGUAGCUAUAAGAAGAGACCAGCUCCCGGUCGACUUGUUGCUGCUUGCAAGGAGCUUGUAAACCUUGCUGUGGCUAGGGGCAGUUUGGAUGACGUCACUGUCAUGAUAAUCGAUCUAAACCAAUUCAAAAACCAUUGUAUAGCACCGAUGGUUGUACAACAUCACAAAGAUGAG